UUUGGCCUAAUCAUUGGGCUGGGGCGUAGAACGGAGUAGCUCACAAGAAGGACUGACCCUUGGAUCAUCCCGAGAUCUUAGAGGGUAUUAUAUAGUGGAUGACCAGUUAGUCGUCUCAAGCGGAAUUAAAUCUCCUAUCAUCAAAUUAGUCUUGUUCUUUAGGUGAGACUUGUGAGUUAUCGGACGACAGAUCAUUCGCCAGCGGAGUUAGUACCGACGAUAAUUUGAUUUUCCUAUUCUUCAAAGCCUGAACUAAAGCACGAGAGAGUAUCAGCUGAAUAUAUAUAUAGCUUUGGAAUAUCUAUUACAUCUUGACAUUGGGGAGACCGAGCACAAUGGCUACAAGUUCGGGGGUGCCCCAGCCUGGUCCCUCCCGUGCCCGUGUGCCAAACACUGCUAAAGAAACCAAAACCAAGACUACAAAGAACAACAGUACAAGUGCUCGCAGAUUGCAAAGAGAGUUAGCUGAAUUAACUUUAGACCCCCCACCAAAUGUAAGUGCGGGACCAAAGGGAGACAACCUCUAUGAGUGGGUGUCGACAAUUCUUGGGCCAAAGGGUACAGUGUACGAGGGCGGAGUCUUCUUCCUGGAUAUUUCUUUCUCCACUGACUACCCAUUUAAGCCACCUAAGCUGGUAUUUAAGACUCGGAUCUACCACUGUAACAUCAACAGUCAAGGUCACAUUUGUUUAGAUGUCCUAAAGGACCAGUGGAGUCCAGCACUGACCAUUUCUAAGGUGCUGCUAUCAGUCACCAGCCUCCUGGCAGACUGCAAUCCUCAUGACCCCCUGGUUGGUUCUAUCGCACAGCAGUAUCUGUCCAGUCGUGAAGAGCACGACAAAAUGGCACGGCAAUGGACCAAGAGAUAUGCAACAUGAUGUCAUUCUGAAAUUUAAAGAAUUGUAACUGAGAGCUGAUACGGGAUUUGGGGAAGGGUAGUAUUUUACAAUCUCAAUGUUUACUCUCCUGCCUACAAAGGAUAUUGAUCAAAAUCUGCUUUAAACUGAUAGCUGUUAAAAUGUAGAAAAUUAUUGUUCUUCUGUCAUAAUAAAAUUAAAGUGUUUUAAAGAUAUAUAUGUUACUUCUGUCUUAAAUCUGAGUAUCAAUAAAAUGUGGCAAUCUAUCUGAGCAAGUCAGUGAUAUGUAUAAUUUACUUUAUUAUAAUUAAUUAUUAUAUUAUUAAUUAUUAAAGGUUCAUAUUCCCUUGAUUAUUCUUCAUAUGUUUUUUAUAUGUGAUACUUCUUUCACUAUCAAUUUCAUUUUUGUAUAACGUGUUAUUACAGUAGGGCCUGAUAAGGUUCUGUGUGUCCCUUUGACCAGUGAAAAAUGAAAAUAAACUUGUGUAUAAGAGUUUUACAGCUGAAUUUGUAUGAUAUGUACGUUAUUUAUGUGUGAUGUAACCACAAAAUGUUUCCGUUUCAUAAGUGAAUGUUUGUUUUGCAGUAAAUUUAUACAGAGGUAAAGAUCAUAAUGAUUGACUGAAAAAAAAAGACAUUUUAUGCUUCAUUUUUUGCAUGUGGUGUGUACACAAAUAUUAUAGUUAUAUGAAAGUAAAAAUAAAACUUAAAUGAUAUAUA